AUGGCUGAGAUUUUAAAUAUCAACAAAUUAAUUAUUUUUGAUGAGGCUAUUGCAAACUGUGAAGCACAUUCACAUCUACCAUAUGCAUCAUCAACACUCAACAACAGUGAUGAAAUUCGAAUCGCUGUCCAACAUCAAGACUUAUGCUUACUCCCAAGUAAAAGCACAUUACAUCUAUAUGGAAGAAUGAGGAAAGCUGAUGGGGCUGCUGUAAGUGCUACUACAAAGAUGGUUAACAUGGCUGUCUGUCAUAUGUUUGAAGAGAUACGUUAUGAGCUCAAUGGCGUAGAAAUCGACCGAUGCAAGAAUGUUGGCAUAACCAGUCUUAUGAAAGGAUACGCCUCUCUGAGUCCAGGUCAGCAAAAUAUCCUGGAAAAUGCUGGUUGGAUCGUCAAUGAAGAUGAUAACAAGUUGACAGAUAAUAGUGGAAACUUUGAUGUCUCAAUACCUCUGAGUUUUAUUCUUGGAUUUGCUGAAGAUUAUCACCGAAUUAUCAUGAAUGCCAAGCAUGAAUUGAUACUGAUUAGAUCAAAUACAGAUCUUAACGCGUAUAUUGUUACUGCUGCAGCAGCUGAUGAUGUAGCGAUUACAAUCCAAAAAAUUGAGUGGAUUGUACCAUACAUAACAAUGUCUGACAAGCAAAAAAUUGAAGCUUUGAAAUACAUAACUUCUGAUCCAGCCAUACCAAUCAGUUUCCGAUCUUGGGAAUUGUACGAGUAUCCACUGUUACCGGCUACCUCUAAGCACAUUUGGGCAAUCAAGACAGCAAAUCAACUCGAGAAACCUCGUUUCGUAAUCCUUGGAUUCCAAACAGCAAGAAAAAAUCAAUCGGAUCAAAAUGCCAGCGAGUUUGAACACUGCAAUAUCAGGGAUGUUAAGCUGUUCUUGAACUCUCAAAGUUAUCCGUAUGGAAAUUUGAACCUUAAUAUUGCAAAUAAUCAGUAUGCUCUGAUGUAUGAUAUGUACAAAAAUUUUCAAAGUGCUUACUAUGGAAAAGAAGCUGAACCUCUACAGACAAAGAAAAAAUUCCUGUCAAUAGCACCUCUGUAUGUAAUCGAUUGCUCUAAGCAAAACGAGUCAAUUAAGUCUGGACCUGUGGAUAUACGUCUAGAGUUUGAGUCAACAGCACAGUUUGCUAAUCAUACAUCAGCUUACUGUUUGAUAAUACACGAUCGAAUAGUGGAAUAUAACCCAAUAAGCAGCAGUGUGAGAAAACUCACUUAG